UGUAAAAACUUCCGCAAUGGUUUUGUACGUAAGAAAAAGAGAGAUUAACAUGAGUAUACCGAAGAAAGUGUCAUAGUAUGCAAUAUUAAACUUCUUAAAACCGGACGAGGUCUGCAGCUGCUGCAUGAAGUGAAAGGAAAAAUUAGUUUCGAACUGACUCGCUAAGCGGAAUGUCACGAACGUUAUUGUUUUAAAACUAUACUUUUAUAAAUAAUUAUUGUAUAUUAAAAAUAAGGAAUAUUCAUUAAAACUAGAUGCAUAAAAAGUUUCAUGUGAAAAAUGUGGUUUUACUUCAUUAAUACGAUAAUCAUAUUAUUGUUCGUUAAAAUAAUAAUUGAUCGAACAAAAUCAAAAAAUUUACCGCCAGGUCCACGAGGAUUACCAAUAAUCGGAAAUAUAUUGGACAUUAAAUCAUUAUUAAAAAAAAUACGAUUGCACGCACGUGUUUGGUGUCAUUUGGCUAAAAUUUAUGGACCAGUUGUACAUCUGAAACUUUUAUUCGGUCAAUCUCUUAUAAUUGUUUCCGGAAGGAACGCUGUAAUACAAAUGUUAAGUAAAACAGAAUUUGAUGGGAGACCAAAUAAUUUCGAAAUACGAUUAAGAACCGGUGGUAAACGUAGAGGAUUGAUAUUUAACGAUGCAGACGAAUGGUCGGAACAUAGACGAUUCACUGUAAAAACUUUGAAACAUCUUGGUUAUGAUAAAACAAAUAUGGAAGACAUGAUAUUAGAUGACACUGUAUCUUUGUUAAAAAUGAUUGAAAAAUUGGCAGAUAAAAAAGAACCAAUUACUGAAAUUUAUGAUCUCAUUUCUAUCGCUGUUAUUGCAAGUUUUUGGUUUCUUAUUACAGGAUCGAAAUGUCAAUGUGAUCAAGAAAAUCCGAAAUUGAAGGAAAUUAUAACGAUAAUGAAAGAAAAUGUAAAAGAUUACAACACGUCAGGUCAUAUAAUAAAUUAUUUACCUUUUCUAAGAUAUAUUUUUCCAAAUUUAACGGGAUUUACGCAAAUGCAAGAUCGCUAUAAUCGAAUGUGGCUAUAUUUCAAAAAAAUGAUAAGGAAACAGGAUGAGACUAAAAUACAAAAUGAACCGACUAACCUAAUCGAUAUUUAUUUAAAUGAAAUAAAAACACGUUGCACGAAUUUAUCUUCAUCUUCAUGUUUCAAUGAUGAAAACUUGAUUGCAUUAAUCAGAGAUCUUUUUGUUGCAUCGAUUGAAACAACCAGCAAUACCAUUGGUUUUGUUAUAGCAUUUCUAUCUGUAAAACAAGAUAUACAAAAAAAGAUACACGAAGAAUUGGACGAUGUACUUGGGAAAGAUAUUUUACCAUGUUUAGCAAAUAGAAAUCGAUUGCCAUAUUUACAAGCAACUCUUGCGGAAGUUGCAAGAAUGGGAAACGUAGGACCGACUUCUGUACCACAUCGUGCUACAAACGAUGCAACAUUGUUAGGAUACAAUAUUAAAAAGAAUUCAAUUAUGUUGGCAAAUUUCAUGAGUGUUCAUAUGGAUGAAAAUCAUUGGGGUGAUCCUGAAGUAUUUCGUCCAGAAAGAUUUAUCAAUGAAAUAGGAGAAUAUUGUGAUGAUCCUUGGAUAAUGACAUUUGGAUUAGGUCGUAGAAGAUGUCCAGGUGAAAUUCUUGCAAAAAAUAUACUCUUCUUAGUCACAGCUUCCAUGUUGCAAAAAUUUAACUUUGCCCUAGCAUCAGGAUAUCCCGAACCUAAUUUAUUGGGUAUCGAUGGUUUCACCAUUUCACCCCCACCAUUAAAUCUUGUCAUUAAAAAACGAAUAUAACAAAUCGUUAAACACUAAUAUAAAAAAAAAGAAAACCUAACCUCAAUGUAUCUAAUUAUGUAUGAACAAUUGCAAAAAUAUCAAGUAAACAAACAAUACAAUAAUUAUCAUUAUAUUACUUAUUAUAAAUAAAUAAAAAAAAGACUGAUACGUAACAUGCCAUUUAUAAUUUGUAAAAUUGUUAUUUACUUCGAUCUACGAUGUCAUUUUUUUACAGUCAAUCCUGUUAAACGAUGAAACGCAUAAUUUUUGAAGAAGAAAAGUUUUCUUAAAAGAAAAACAAAUCGAACAAUGGAAUUUACCUUUAUUAUUUUUCAUCUUUUAAAUACAAGAAUCUUAUUUUUCUUCAGAUCUCAUUCAUGACAGUCUAUUUACAUUCGAUAGGCAAGUAGUAAUAGUAAUAGUAAUAAUAGUAGUAUAUUCUUGUAUUUACAGGUAAUAUAUUCGCCGUUAAUAAUAAUAAGAAAAAAAA